UGUAUAUUCUAUAGGUUGUGGUAUUCGUAUCAAAAAUAAUAUAAAUUUGGUCAUAAUUCUUGACCAACCUUUCUGUAUACAGCCUUUACGCUUUCAAAGAGGUCAUUUGUCUGAAAUUACAAUUCGUGAAUAUCAGAAGUAG